AGCUGCGAUAGCCUGUGUGUGCUAGUGGUGUGUGUGCGGUGAGUCAGCCCACAGUGCGCGCAGCGGAGGCCGGCAGCGCUCCAGCCUGCUUCACCCGAACGCACGUAAGAAAAACAAGAUGAACGUCGGCGUGGCCCACAGUGAAGUGAACCCAAACACCCGCGUGAUGAACAGUCGGGGGAUAUGGCUGACAUAUGCGCUCGGCGUAGGAAUGCUUCACAUUGUACUGUUGAGCAUUCCCUUCUUCAGUGUUCCUGUUGUGUGGACCCUCACAAAUGUUAUUCACAAUUUUGGUAUGUACGUGUUUAUGCAUGCAGUGAAAGGCACACCAUUUGAAACUCCAGACCAGGGCAAGGCAAGACUUCUCACACACUGGGAACAGCUGGACUACGGCGUGCAGUUCACAUCAUCUAGAAAAUUCUUUACAAUCUCACCAAUCAUUUUAUAUUUUCUCGCCAGUUUUUACACAAAAUACGACACAGCACAUUUUGUGAUAAACACAGCUUCGCUUUUGAGUGUUCUCAUCCCAAAACUGCCACAACUCCAUGGAGUCAGGAUCUUUGGAAUAAACAAGUAUUAAAGCCCAGGGUUCAGACUCGGAGCUGUUGCCCGAUGUGGGAGAGGAGAUAACCCUUUGUACUUUGUACCGCAGUUGUGUACACUUAGCAGUUUUGUACAGUCUGUGUAAUUGUGAGCCUCUUUGUUUGAUAUAUCUUGAGAAACUGUUGUAGGGAUAUGUUAGGGGGAGGACAAUUCCACAAGCAUUAAUAACUUAAGAUAUUUAAUGUGUUUUUGUUUGUUGUUUUGUGAUCCUUGUGGAUCUGGGCUGGCCCAGGUUUCAUGGUUAAAGAUUUUUUUUCUUUGUUAAUUAGUUUUUGUUUGUACAAAUGUGCUCACAACGCUGAUACACUAAGAUAGAUGAAUGCUUUUAGCGUCACUUCACAUUUCUAAAUACAUUCUUAAAUAAUGCCAUGUGUUUUUAAAAUCAGUUGAAAGCCAUGAAACCUUUCUGCUAUUUCUUGAGUUUUGUUGAUGUUAUCAUUGCUUCGGAGACAAAC